CUACCGUUCGGAUUCGGACCUCGUAACUGUAUCGGAAUGCGAUUUGCACAACUUGAAAUGCGACUGGCAUUAGCCAAUAUGUUGAAACGUUUCAAAUUCGUCGCCAACCAAAAAACACCAGAACCACCGCUCAAAAUCAACGCGUUACCGUUCACAAAACCAGCUGUUCCCAUCUAUCUUAGCGCUAUCCGGAGAAAUACGUGA